UUGAAAGUCUCACACGAUAUCAAUAUCUUGCAACGGAACGAGAUAAUCUUAUCAUCCAAAUGUGAGGAAGCAAACCCCAUAAAAAUGCGAAUCUUAAAUAUUGUGGGAUUACUUCUAACCAUAGUCACGACGCAGGUAUGCAGUCAGAAAAGUCCGUAUUUUUAUGGUUGGUUCUUCAACGAAACUAUAGCCAGUGGACUUGUCCAAAUCACUACGGAUUACUUAACACAAUUGUAUGCUGAUGUCGAAGAAGUCCAAAAAUUCCUACGUAAUGUAUCUACAACGGCAGACGUCGACAAUCCAUUGCUGUAUUACACCAAGCCAGUUGAUCCGAAUACAGGAGAUUACGACAAAUUUUUCCACAUCACAACGUUUUAUUGUGGCACUGCUGAUUGCAGCAAUUAUACGAGUCAGGUGACACAAUACAUUGAUCAAGCCUUUACUACCCAUCUUGUCGGAGUUUAUUUCACACCAAGAACAUAUGGAAUCAGAGUAAAUUUGACGAGUGUCCAAAAAGAAAUAUUCGACCUAAAUGAAGCGAAUGCUGUGACAUUGAGCCGGCUCAAUAGAAACGAUGAACCGUGUGAUGCCCAGCUGGUGAAUGGGAUUCAAUUCUGUCCUCAAGACGACACAAACUUCCAUCCUACAGAUACAAGAGCUCACGUAACCUUAGGAUGCGCACCGAAUGUAUCGGCAGUGACCACUGGAUUGGAUUUGAUAGAAAUUUUGAAUUUGGAAAUGAGUCCCAGCCAAUUCUGUGCACAGAUUCAGAUCGACGAAGGAAAUUUGAUUCAAAUGGGAGAGAAAUGUGACAUUUUUGUGGUUUAUUUGAAGAAGAAAAUGGUAGCUGAGUCAACGUUUGAAGCUUACUAUCGCAGUGAUGCUAUGCUAACAAUGUCGGUGCAGUGUAGGUUGCAAAAUUUUGUGUUCUUGGUGCUAGUGGUCGUAUUCCAUAAAUCCUUCCUACAAUUUAACUGAGUUGUCGUUGUCGUUACCUGACAAUUUAAAUAAAGAACUGUUUGA